AUGGCUCAAGCAACUCCAGAACUCAUGGAGGCACUGUCUGAAAUGAUCGCUCAGGCUCUGAAAGCAUCAAUUGGAAGUGUCGUCCAACAAGCACCCGUUUUUAAUUUGGCCGGAGAACCUGCUGCUCCAUCGCCGAAAGUGCCAACGUUCACCAUGUCAGAAUUCCGUUCCGGGGAAGAAUCGUCUGUCUCCGACUACUUCAAUCGUUUCGAGUGGGUACUGCAGCUAAGCCGCAUUCCCCAAAACCAGUACGCAAACUAUGCCAGAGUGCAUUUGGGGGCGGAACUAAAUAAGGCAUUAAAAUUCCUCGUGAGCCCCAACGAUCCUGCAGAGACGACAUAUGAGGAUUUACGCACCACACUCACAGAUCAUUUCGAUCGCGCAAAGAAUAAAUUUGUCGAGAGCAUCAAGUUUCGUCAAAUCGUACAGCAAAAGGACGAAGCCGUCGCCCAGUUUGUCCUACGUCUUAAGCAGGGUGCUGCAGACUGUGAAUACGGCGAUUUUCUGGACCGCAUGCUGAUCGAACAGUUUCUACAUGGACUUGAAGCACGAGAUAUGUGCGACGAAAUAAUCGCGAAGAACCCAGCAACGUUUAAGGCAGCGUAUGAAGUAGCGCACACGCUGGAGGCAACCCGGAACACGGCACGAGAAGUCAAUGCUGGAACACCAUCAGCGAAUGUCGAGGGCACGAACAAGCUUGGAUACGAAACUCCAAGAAUGAGGAAGUUUAGUCGACGUGCCUCCCCACCACACCAGAAGCCACAUCUUCAUCAGCAAGGACCAUCGGAUGAAAAACUACGAAGCGACCGUCACCAUGACAGAGGAUCAAGCAGCUGCAAUGGUUGUGGAGGACAACAUAUGCGGAAUCAGUGCCGUUUUCGCGAUGCAAGAUGUAACAAGUGUAACAAAACAGGUCACAUAGCUCGGGUCUGUCGAUCAGCAAGGUCGACGUUUCAAAACGAUGCAACUGAUCAAAUACAGUCUUCAGAGAAUCCAGCGUCCGAAGUCGAUGUGGUACAAAUACUCGGUCAAGUCUGA